AUGUCCUACCACGGAUAUCAAAGCCGAACGGGGCACUACGAGCCCUACCCGCCACACUCUGACCAGUGGGCAACACACCCCGGCACAUAUGGUCUCCAGUCGAGGGACUAUGCGUGCGGGCAUCCCCAGCCAGUGGCCCAUGACAUGAACCCAUAUGCCCCCUCCGUGCAACAUGGGGAGUCAGCGUGGAGCGGCGCCCCGCUAGCCAUUAUAGGAUAUGAGGCCCGGCGGUAUGGGCAUCCUCAACAUGCGGGUGUCGCCACCACCCCCAUCUACGGCGCCGACCCGUAUGCGCCAUAUGAGACCGCGGCGCAUCACGUCGAGGCCAUACAUUCCAACACCAGCAAAUUCAACAAUGGGGACAGCGUGGAACGUUCCACCGCCGCACAGCCAUUCGCUGAAGGUGUACUAGCGUCGGUCGCAGGACCUAGUACUUUGCGGAUGCCGCCAGUGCCAGCUUUGUCGACAACUGCUCAGGCGCCGAAGAGUAAGGUGAGGAUGUUGAAGAGGAAGACUGCAGGAGGGGCCAACGGCACAUCUCAGGUGAAUGCGAAGGCUCAGAUACUCGGUAAGGCCGUGGCAAAGAAGAAGAGGACGAUGCCGCCUGAGGAUGGACCAUGGGUCUGCCGUGUGGAAGGCCAGAUAUACGCCCGAUAUUGGGAGAUGUUGCAACACCAGGAGACGACAGAGGGUCAUGACGAGUAUCAAGGCCCCUGCAUCUGUGUGUCAGGAAGGAGUUCACUCGCCGAGAUGGCAUGAACAGGCAUUAUAAAAAGGGCUGCCCCCUCCGUCCUAGGCCAUCUUCGUGAUUAUUGCCUGAUCGCAGAGGAAGUCGAGGGGAAGAGAUGGUGAGUGUUGACGGGUCGAGGACCUUCUUGUUUUUCCAUCUUCCUUCUCCCUCUUUUCACACCCGCCAUCGAUCCCGCUGAUGAAUCUGAACAGUUUACAUGCUUACAUUCCUCCUAUUCCAUCCGUCUUCGUCUUUGCGCUUCCCUUCCUCUAUUCUUGUGUAUCAGCUUCCUGUAUCUCCGGGCCUGCCCGUUACUUACCAAGGACCUUUCACAUACUGAUGUCUGAGAUCUUCUUGUGUAUUUAUGUGCAUCGUGAGGUUGGAAGAUGAUACGCAGUCCAAUAUUUCCAUGAGCAUCGCGCUUUCAGAAUAAAGUGUCUUGUGAUACGGG